GUAACGUCUUUUUAAAGUGACGUCAUCACUCAACACAGUUUAUGUUUAGGGAUUGAAAUGUUACGAAGUUAACUAAAAUUUUAGUUCCUCUCUUUUUCAUGUUUGCGAAAUGUACAGUGAUCAAAGUGCUAUUUACAAUUUAAUCGAACGCAUUACAUUGCAUGCUUGGAUAAAAAUAUAGGGUACAUAAGUAAGGCGAUACGUAACGACAGAUUUUGGCGGCAUUGCUCAAAGCCACAGAAAUAGAUCGCUUGUGCAAUAUUAAGCAUGUUCUAGUCCUUGACUAAUAUUUGUUUUAUGAAAGAAGCCAAGGUUGUAAUCUUCCUGGGUGUUAUUAAGCAUGAACCAUUAGAACAACAGAGAUUGUUAACAAUUCGAUAUGGAAAACCCUACAAUCAGUGAAUUAAGAUCAAGAUCCAGAUCCAAAACACCGUUUCUGCGAUCCAGCUGCGAUCGAGAAAAUUGCACAGAGGGUGAGGAACACAGCCAUGUGUCCGGUCGGAAGACACCCAUUAAAAGGAGCACUCCAAUCAAACAGAUACAUAAUGUGAACAAAAUUGAAGCUGUCCAGGAAACCAUAGAAGAGAGUCCUCACACUUAUCGAACCCGACAGUCGACCAGGCAAAUGGAGAAACUUAUAAAGACAUCUGAUUAUUCAUCAGAAGAGAGUCCUGAUAGGUUGAAGGGAAACCGGAAAGAGAUAUAUCAGAACGAGAUCAACAGCCAGUAUGAGCGCGUGUCGACGAGUUCUCAGCGCUACGCGACGCUCGCUGACGUCACACUCAGUCCGAUACUCACGUCACAUAAUGUGACGCAAGACAGGUCGACGCGGUACAGCAGUCCAGCGGUAAGCGCCUGUUCCACUGACAGCUCGUUCGCUGAACAGGCCCUGGCUGAUGCGAGCGCCCUACUAGACCGAGACCCGAACUCUGAACACCUGCCCUACAAACUGUACAAAAUGGCCGGCGAGUAUUGGAACAAGUAUCCUAAGACGGAUUACACGUACUCCCCCCUAUCCCGGGACCGUGUGGAGCUUGCCCCGGGGCAGGUCGCAGUCCCUAACAUGUCAAGGAGAUCAUUAUCACAGUUCAGGAUCCAAGGACCCAAUACUGUGGACGAACCUGAUAUACCAUCCGGAUGGAAGACCAGCACUAUGGCGAGGAGGUACACGGCCAUAGAUAGCUCGGACGACGAGGGCGCGUACAUGCACAAGCCAGCGGUAGACCAGCGGUGGUGGUUGACGCGGUUGGUAGAGACCAUCAUCACCACCAUCACCACCACCGCCGCCACCACCUACAGGAAGGUGGUCGGACCCUCGCACAGAUAUCCGUACACAGAGAGGAGACCCGCGAAAGCUGGCGUAGUUUCUCGCCUGGCCGCGGCGAUCGUGGCGCCUGUCUAUUGGAUCUUCAGUACUAUAAAAACUAUCGUCACCACCACCGUCACUACGGUCACUGAAAACAUAUCUCCGGACAAAAGGGAUGAGAACAAGAGAUACAGCAGUCGAUACAAUGAAAUUAACAGACGGAGAUGGUGGCCUUGGCUCGCCUUACUGCUCCUGCCUGUCAUGGGAUACGGCUAUUACAACUACAAGGACGUUUUGAUGUAUAAGGAAAACGUUCCAGUGGAUGCGUACAAGCCCCCGGAGAUAUCACAAGAUUCGAAUAUCAACGAGAGAGUCGCCGCUCUAGAGAGUUGGGCGUUGAAAGUCGAUAAUCGGUUGAAUUACUUCGAUAAGAAAAUAUCCGUAGUCGACAACUUGGAAGCCCGGGUAGAAGAGUACUCCGUCAAACAUUUACAACGAAAUCUCAUAAGGAUUCUCAGCGAUGACGUCAACAGCGACGCCGUAGCCGAAAAACUGAAACGGCACUUCGAUAGAAAUUACGUCUCGAACGAACAGAUUUCACUAAUCAGUCAAGAAAUACACGAAAGGUUAUUGAACUCCUGGCAGACGGAGAUGAAUGAGGACAAGAUACGGCAAAUAGUUCAGGACUACUUGUAUGACGUUGAGAAGAAACAAAUGGAAAUAAUAGUGACGAAGAUCAGAGAAUACGUCGGAGAGGUGGAGUCGCGGGGAGUGAUGAGGUCGAGUCAAAUGGACCUGGAGGAAGUCAAGAACAUGGUGAUGGGCAUGUUGCAGGUGUACGACGCUGACAGGACGGGCAAGGUGGACUACGCUCUGGAAUCAGCAGGUGGUCAGAUCCUGUCUACGAAGUGUACGGAACUAUAUCAGAUCAAGACUAAGCAGUACUCUAUCCUGGGGAUUCCGGUGUGGUGGGUGCACACGUCACCAAGACAUGCUCUGACCCCCGGCGCUAUGCCGGCGGAGUGUUGGGCCUUCCAAGGUUUCCCCGGAUAUUUGGUGAUCCGUACUUACGCCUUAAUCGAGGUCACUGGCUUCACUCUGGAACAUAUGUCGAGGUUGCUGGCUGUUGAGGGGAAAAUAGAAUCCGCACCAAAAAACUUCUCAGUAUAUGGUCUUCACAACGAAAUGGAUGCCGAACCUCAUCUGUUCGGGGACUACAUGUACGACGCUAACGGCACCUCCAUACAACACUUCCCAGUGAAAUAUCCAAAAACAACCAACAUCGGCGGCGUCCAGUAUCCAGUGGCUUACGACAUCAUAGAAUUAAGAAUCGAGAGCAACCACGGCAACCCAACUUACACCUGUGUUUAUAGAUUUAGAGUUCACGGCAACCCAUUGACGGACAUUCGAAAAGCUGACAACAUAUAACGUUAUCUAGUAGUAGUCUUGAAGUGUUCAUAGAAGUAAUAAAUGUGGCCUUACGUUAAAUAUAGGUCUGAAGUACAAAUAUUGACUAGAUUCGUAGUGCGACUUGAUUAGUGCAAUAAAUAUUGUGAGGUUCCGUACAGUCGAUGAUAUUUUUUUAAUAAAUUCAUGAAAUUAUUCUCGCCUACAUGGAUUUAGUAUUUAUAGUACAAUAAUUAAAGAUGUUUUGAAUCAUGUAGUAAAUUUUUUUGGUACGAAAUUAUCAGGAUUUGCGUGCUUUACAUUUAUUUCGUUGCACUUCAAGUCCUCUAUAUACCAGUGUUAAAAGUCAUAUAUUAUUUUCAUACAAUCGCACAAUAACCGGAAUACGCUUGUUCUGAGUACUUUAUAGAUAUUUUGAUGUAAGUUUUAAAAUUAUAUUGUAAUUCUUGAUAGAUUUUUAGGUUUUAGAAUGUAACUUUUACUAUAUCAUGAUAUACACGGACCAUUGGACUAUUGAUUGUUAUGAGACUGCUAACAGAAGAAAAAAACUAUAUUAAUAAUUAAUAGUGACUUUAAAAUAAAUUUUUAUUUUUGAUAAUGUUCAGAAAGCAAUAAAUUUGACCUUAUCGUAUGCAUGUUAAUUUAAGUUGAUAACAUAUGUAUAGUCGGUCCUUGUAGAUAAUUUUAACUAUGUUAAAUGAAGGAACUAGUCCAAUUAGUUUUUAAAACAUUUAAUGCCAAUUUACACUUAAGAGUUUUUAAUGUCUCAAACUAAUGUAGUUGUAAGGGAGCCCAACGUCCUUUCUAAUUUGUGAAUCUUAAAUAUAUUUUAGAAUUUAGUUUUUAAGGUUUUAAAAUCUGCACAAACUGCACUGAAAGCUUUCAAUCACAUUGUUAUUGGGAAAGUCGGGAACAUUCCUUAACAAAAUUAUCAUAUAUAUGCAUAUAUUAUAAUUAUCUAUUUUCUGCUUUUUUAGGUUUCCUUAACAAGUUACCACUAAUAUUCUAGUUUUUUUCUGUUUGAUGCCUUCAGUAUAGUUGACUUAUAAUAACUGCAGUUAAUUGUGCCUUAGCGAACCCACUAUAAGUUAUUAAUGCUUCUUUUGUGACAAAGGCGGCUAAAUUAUAAUAUUAUUUAUUUCUGAUUUAUAUUUUUUUAGACUUAACGUCUUCAAGUUGUAUUUAUUCUCAACAUCGACGCUGCCUCUUGGUGUCCACGAAUAUAUUUUUUUUAUUAACUAACCUUUUUUUUAAGUGUACAAUACUUUCAAUCAUGUGAAACUAUUCGUGAUGUUUUAAAAAAUAAAAAAAUCAAUAGAA